AUGCCUACAGAGAUGUCAUUCACUUUUACAAUUAUUCAAUUCGCUCUCGGUAUUGUAGGUACUAUUGGAUCUUGGUUUUUGUCUAAGAGAUUUGGUCGCUUUACAAUUUAUUUUGGAGGACUUUGUGUUUUGUCCGUAUUAUUGAUGGUUAUAGGAGGACUUGGAUGUUCAACAGACAAAAAUGCUAUGUGGGGUGUUGGUACCAUUUUGAUUAUUUACGUUAUGGUCUACGACUUGACUGUUGGACCAUUAUGUUAUUGCAUAGUUGCUGAAAUACCGUCUGUUCGUCUUCGUGCAAAGAGUAUUAUUAUUGCUAGAAACCUCUACAAUGUUUCUGGUAUUAUAUUAAGUGUGCUCACGCCUUAUAUGCUUAAUCCAGGUGCUUGGAACUGGCUGGCAAAAGUGGGGUUUUUCUGGUCAGGAUUCACCAUUGCUUGUGCAUUCUGGUGCUAUUUUGAGUUACCAGAAACUAAAGGUAAAACUUUUGCAGAUAUUGAUUACCUUUUCCAUCAACAUAUUAAGUCAAGAGACUUCAAACAUACAGAACCGACUGUUUUUGAUGCAGGUAGUUAUAUUCUUAAAUUAGGAGAUGAUGCUAUAAAGAACCUAGUUGAGCAGAAUGAAUUUGUCCAUAAAUCUGAAAAAGUAUAA